AUGACAGGCGAGGGUUUAGAAACAGUCUACGAAUGUAAAUAGAUGACGAACAUGAAAUGAAAUGUAACUAUUGGCUCAAAGUUAAGGCGCCACCAACAUAGGUUCAGUGGGAAUGUCAUACUACUGUGUACCAUUUUUGUUGGGAAAACUGCGUGUCAAAAAUACCUUUUUCAAAUCCUUUCCCAAAAAAAUGCCCGGAUUGACUGGAUUGUGAAUCUCAAAAAUUCGAAUUUGGAUUUGAUCCAAAGAAUUCACUAAAGGUGUGUAUUUUAUGGAUUCAUGAUCCGUUUUUGGAUUUGCCUAAGAAACGCACCCUAAGUUAAACUGCUUGCAAAAUACGUUAUUGAAGACUUAUACAAAACAUGGACUCCCCGCACCUCUCUGGACCUAAACCAUGGACCUCUUGAUGAACCUGGUCCAUCGACUACCCACGUGGACAACUCCUAAUUUUUGUAGAUAAAUUUUUACCAAUUUUUUUUUUAUCUGAAUCCCAUUAGCUAAAUUCCAUUCAUGGGUUUGGUUUAGUUUGGACCUACUUUUAAUAUACUUGCCUCGAAGGUUUUUUUUUUUUUUUAACCUUGACUUCACCUUAAUUCUUCCAUAAGCUGGCCAAAAAAAAUCCAUUAUCAAGCCAUCAUGACCUCAUACAAAGCAAUUAACGCAAAAAAAUCGUCUCCUGUCAUCUGAUUCUCUUUUUACAAAACCAACAACUUAAUUAUUUACCGAUAUCAAUUCUGACAAGCACACAUAAACUGGGCAAGGGAAGAACAAUGAGGAAAUAAGAAAUAUAAUACUCAAACAACUGGAAACAAUUUCUUAACAGAUGUAUCGUCAUCAGAACCCGCAGUGAUACCAACAGCAGUUUCCACAACUUCACGAACUUCAACAAACAAGCUUUCUCAACAAGGUGAGUAAUUGUCUGCAUUGUUCCUUCAACUUGGACUUGGACUUGGACUCGUUCUUUUGUUUUGUGUUUGUUUUUGUUUUAUUUCACCUUUAAACUUUGUCUUGGUCUAUAAACUCGCCAAACAGAGAACAAACAAACAAAUUUUCAAUAUGUAGCCAUUCAUGAUCUCACAAUAAGCCAUUAACGCAUAACUAUCGUCUGCACCAUCUGAUUCUCUUUUACUAAACCAAUAACUAAUAACCGAUAGCAAUUCUGGCAAAAGCACAUAAACUGGACGGGGGAAGCACAGUAAUGAUGAUAUUAAAACUAUAUAAAUACUGAAAAAACUGGAAAACAAUCUAGUGUGAGUAGUUAUUAUCAUGCUCCUCAACAGACGUAUCGUCAUCAGAAGCCACAGUGAUACCAACAUAUAUUUCCACAGCUUUACUAGAUUCAGCAAUCAAACCUCCUCCACUCGGUGGGCAAUUUUCUGUGUCUUUGCUUCAACUUUUAUUUACCGUUAUAGUCUAGCUGAUAUAGCUAAAUCAUUCUGAAUCCAUUGGUACCGGACAAAUACAUGUGUAACAAUCUACAGAUAGUCUUACAUUUGAACCCUUUUAAUGCAGACACUGAUCUGAGGGCGCCAUAGACAGUAGCGGUAUCAAUGGCCAUUUUUAUACUGCUGUCGCAUUAUCUGCCUGGACGAACUUGUGCAAACAUUUGUAGUUCGUCUGGUUAUGCGUCUUAAGCAUAAAGACGGACCCGGGCACAAGACGCAUUACGUGUCUGGACGAAGUAUCCUUUGUAAUACGUCGUGAACGACGCACUACUGAGGUAGACAAAUGUUAGCAAAACUUCAGCCAGAUGGUUAAUUUUGCCUCCUCAGUAUAAAAAAAGGCCAAUGACACUUGAUUUAUCUUCCAACUUGCUCUAUCAACUUGAUAAGCCUGUUAACAAAAGCAGGAGCCUAUGGCUUCUGUCUGGAAGGUCACUUCUUGUUUAUUCUAAAAGUAAAGCUCUGAAAAUGAAAGGAAGAGAAGCAUGAAAAUGCUUUCAGAGUUAAACUACUUGAGAAAUACGUUAUUGAUGAUAAUUUAUGCAUUAGGUUCGGCACAUAAAUAUUUCGAUGUCUGAAUUAAAGUCGUUCCAAAGUCGCAAUACUAGGCCAGGUUAGGCUGAAACAAAGGCCGAGCAGUUCCAAAUUGAAAUAGAAUUUAUUCAGACGCCAAAUGUUUCGUGUACGUAAUUCCAUGUAAUUAGGUUCGGCACAAGGCACAAGUGAAUUGAAGUUCGGUGUCAUAACUAGAUUAAGACUAGGUUAAGUUGCACUGUUUCUUAAGUCUUUUAGGCCCUGUUAAGACGCCACCCCACUCACGUGUCGAGCCUGACUGAAUAGAGAGAAGUGUAACGUCUCGUUACCAUGGUAGCAAAAUGUUUGGAUCACAGGUAUGAGGAGCUUAAGAAAGACCCCGGCGAGUACGUGAACACAGCGCAAAAAUUUUCUUUCUUUCUUUUUUUUUUUUUUUAACAAUGCGAAAUCUCUUUUUGAGUGAAUUUUCGGGUUGCUGUCAUCUAAAGAUUUUGCUUCCAUGGCAACGUGAGAAGCGACUUCUUAUCUCUAUUUAAUCCUACUUUGGAGCAACAUUGGCGCUGCCACUGAUUCCGUGAGACGGCGUACGCGUGUCGAUCCUAACCUUGAUUUCAUUUACAGAGAAAGAGAAAGGCCAGGGUACAAUACCAUAUUUUUGUGCCAUAAUUGAUCAUUUUAGACAAGAUAGCGAUUCAUUUGAAUCAUUACAUUCGACAUUUUCGUGCUCUUUCACUGUCUGUAACUUUUCGGAAACAUGGCUCACAAUUUGCGACUGAACUGACCGCUAUCCAGCCCUUGAGAGAACAAGGAAUACAAAAGUAUUCCUGGCACCGUAAACAAGUUUCUUAUCUUUUGUAUUCCUGCCACCGUGAAUAAGUACCUAUUGUAUUCCUAAAGCAAGAUGAGCAAGAUUAUCCCUCUUUACCCGCCAUUUUCCUCAAUUUAGUGUUGUGCGGUUGGCAACUACCUAAAAACGAGCGCAAUUGUUGGGCAAAAAAAGAAUAUAAAUUUAAAGUGUGUAUAAUGUUUGCAUUAGGCUCUGCACUUCAGAGGAGCGCCGUAUGAAUCACCUGCCGCUCGAAUGACGUAUAAUGCGAGUACUGACUGUGUUGAAUUUGGUGUUUUUGCCACACUAAAUUAAACCUGCUUUACCAAAUUGAUUCAGACGCGGCCCUUUUGCCCUAUUUAAGUCAACGACCAAACAGAACGGGAAAAUGAAAAAUGGGAACAAAACUUAACUUGAACCCUAGCCCUAUCGGUAAAUUCAUUACUAUUCUCUUUCUCGUUCUUAUUCUCAUUUUCCCGUUGCCCUUGCUCAUUACCCACUCCCGGUUCCUUGUUUUACUAACAUCGGCUAUUAAUCUCCAGGUUGUUAUUACGUAUGCACCCCACGUAUCAGUGAUCUAUAGAGCCAUCUUCGUUUUGACUUCCACAAAGUGCAGUAAGGACCUUCUGUCACUCGUAAUUUAAUGAAACGUGUUUUGAGCAUCUAUAACGUGACUCCUAUACGCAAUGCACAGCGUUGGAGCAAAGCGUUUUGACCUUCGAUCGUUGUCGACCGAACUCCGCAACCUUUGGUUAUUACUAGUUUCAACUAAUUUUAUGUCUUUGGUUUUCGUUUUUCUAUUGUUUCUUAACUCAGCUUGUCAACAAGGGUGGAUUUGCAACGGGACGUCAUGUUAUAAAUUGGUUACGUCACUAACAUUGAGUUGGGGAAAGGCAAAGGAGGAAUGUGAAAAAUGCCAGGCCGGAUUGGUAAAGGUUGAUUCUCGUGAAGAAAAUGAUUUCAUAAAAACGGAGCUUUUGCCGACGCACAAAGACGCUGGUUACUGGAUUGGACUUUCUGAUUCUGACAACGAAGGUGACUGGAUGUGGACGGACGGAACUCAAUUGGAUUCGGAUGGGUACAAAAACUGGGAAGAUGACCACCCGAAAAAUAACGAAAAUAAUAAUGAGGAUUGUGUUGUAAUAAGAAUAAGAAAAUCCGAUCCAGUCUACCACGGGAAGUGGCGUGAUCUACCAUGCUCAUUAGACAAGAAAUUUAUUUGUGAAAAGUAA